AUGACACUUAAACGCAUGAUUCUCAACUCGACCCUCGGGCAGUACAUAAAUACGAUUCGUAAUGCGCCACGGGAACUGAUUUUCAACCGUCGCCUCCUUCUAACCGUGGCCAUGUAUGCCAUGAGCGGAAUUCCCAUUACCUGGGACCAAGGUUCAGUCUCUGUCAUUUAUAAGCUCCCUAGUUGGCAGGCCGCGUUCGGAUACUCUGAUGCCUCCCAAUCCGCCGUUUCCAACAUGAUCUCCUUUGUCUGGAUCACUUGCGGUCUCGCCUCAGGUCUCUGCGUAAUGCUCAAUGACCGGAUUGGUCGUCUCUGGUCUUUCCGCCUCUAUAGUCUUGUCUACAUGAUCGGCCAGCUUAUCGCUACAUUCUCCAACGGAAACAUAGGUGCCCUCAUCGCGGCCCGCCUCGUGGCUGGCGCAGGCAUCGGCCCUCUGACCGUCACGGGCCCGCUGUCCAUCGUCGAAAUUGCCCCAACCGAAGCCCGAGGACUCCUGACCGUUUGGUUUAGCAUCGUGAUGCUUGCCAGCUUGACACUGUCCACCUUUGUUCCUUACGGCGUCUACGUCAACAUGCCAACCAGCACAACCGAUAAGCUCCAGUACCAGAUUGUUUACUUCCUUCCAAUCAUCCUGCUGACACCGGUCAUACUCUCGUCCUUUUUUUUGAGCGAGUCACCACGCUGGCUCGUCCUCCAGGAUCGCCAUGAGGAGGCAGCCGCUGAGCUUGUUCGCCUACGUGGCCUCCCAGAGACCCAUCCCCGUGUGGCCUCAGAGCUGGCUUCCAUUCGAGACCAAAUUUCGGAGGAGAGAGCGCGCUACGGACAGGGCGGGAGUAACUGGAAAUCUGUUCUCCGUGAGACGUUCCUCGUCCGUGCCAACCUGCGACGAGUGCAGAUGGCAUUCAUGGCCUAUGCCCUGGCCCAGUUGAGCGGUGCCAACGCCGUCACGAGUUAUCUCGUCAAGAUCUUUACUCUAUUGGGUAUGGGAAAUGACGUGAAACAGCAGCUGUUCCUAAGUAGCAUGUACUCGUUCGCAAAGUUUUGGUUCACCAUUAUCGCAUCCUUCUUCUUCAUUGAUGCGCUUGGUCGCCGAAUGUCACUCUUCAUUGGGAUUUCCCUCCAGCUCAUCUCUCAUCUAUAUCUGGGCAUCUUCAUCAAAUUUAGACAGGAAGGGGCCCAUAUACCCUCCUCGGCCUCCCAGGCCGCUAUAGCAGCCAUUUUUAUUCACGGUUUUGGCUUCGCCAUUGGCCUCCUCGUUCUUCCAUAUGUGUUUGGAGCAGAGAUUUGGCCCAACCAGAUCCGGAGCUUUGGUUCCAGCUUCACCCAGCUCACCCAUUGGUUCUUCGCCUUCGGCAUUAGCAAAGGAAUGCCUUCUAUUCUCACGAACAUGGACAACUGGGGAGCCUUUAUUUUCUUCGCUGGCUGGUGUCUAGUCUCGCUCAUUUAUGUCUUCUUCACGGUGCCUGAGCUUGCUGGAGUCUCAGUCGAGCAACUCGAUGAUCUAUUUACAGGACCCUGGUGGCAGAUCUACAAGAAGUCCCGCGGGUGGCAAGCCAAGGACAACAAUGUUUUGCAGUCCGUCAAGACAAAUGGGUCUGGCCAAGACAAUGUUGAUGAGCCCGAUGGUGGGAAGGUCAAAAUUGACGCUCAAGCCAACAAGAUGGUGUAG